UCUGCGAUCACCAGCUCCCGUGGCAUGCACAGAGCAAAAAACGGCUUCCUGUCUAGCUAGCUUCCGUGUCAAACCACGAUCGAUCGAGUGCUGCACCGUUGACGAUCAUUGGUCUCGGUGAACCAGCCUCCAUCAACCAUGUCGUCUCGAUCAUCCCUACUCUCUACAUGUAGUGGAGAUCCACAAGCCCAACAGAAGCGGAUAAUCGUUGAACAUGCGACCAUUGAAGACGUGGCCACAGCAAAACGCAAGUUGACAGAGGCUGGAUUUGAUCCCAACGAUUGCAUCACAGCUAUAGAUCCUCUGAAGACACCACAGACUGUUACUGGAUUCUGGUAUUCCAUCACCCCAAUGACUCACUUUAGCUUCCAUGGAGACCUGCCCAUGUGCCGGUACAUUCUCAGCCAAGGGGGAGCAACAACCAAAGUUGGCGACGAAAUUUGGUACCCCUUGUGGGCCGCAACUAACCAAGGCCAUUUGGCUGUUUGCCAAUGGUUGUACAAAAACGGGGCUAAGGAAGAUGCCACAGCCAAAACUUCAGUUUCCAUCAGUCCAUUGAGUCUCUGCUGGAGUUUGUCAAAUGAAAAAUGCUGGGAAAUUGGCGAAUGGUUCUUGGCGAAUGGAGCUAUUCACAAUGAUCAUUCUGGAGAGAUAGACCCCAGUGCCUGGAGUGAAUUGAUUCGAGGAGGAAAGCAAAAACAGAAACGUCUAUUGUCUUGUUCACAGAAUGUCCUGAAAAAUCGGGAUACCUUUCAAGUGUUCCUCAUGGGGACUUGUGUUUGCCCAGAGUUCUCUUUGGAAGCACUGGCCACCAAAUUGGAGACCAAGCUUGGUUCCAAGAAUGCUGCCAAAACUGUCCUAGAUUUGGGUGUUGACAGCGGAAAAGCCAAGCUUCUGUGGACCCAACUCUUGGAAACCCGCAAAAAGUCACCAGUUGCAAAGAUUAGUGGCCAAGUUGGAGUGUUGAAAUGUAUCGCAGAAUUUGUGGGCGUCAGUGCCAAGGAGCUUGAUAUCCAUCACCGACUAGUGGAGUUCUUGACGACGAUAGAUGCUGAAGAAACAAAGAAAAGCCCCAACAGGUGAUGCCACAAUGGGAGGAGUACUUCCGAAGAUGAGGAAUGGUACUGGCUAGCUAGGCAUGAUUUUAAUUAAAUGAGCGGCACAGCACAGCGAGCUGCUAUGGAAGUUGACUAUGGAAAUUGGAUGAGACUUUGCACAAGCUACCGUAGGGCGAGGAAGGAGAGGAAUCUUUCCCUGUGG